GUGGCGCGGGAAUGGGGAUGGAGGAGCCCCGUGUCGUGCUGCUGCUGAGCGGCAAAAGGAAAUCGGGGAAAGAUUUCGUGGCGGCGGAGAUCCAGAAGCGGUUGGGCCCCGACGUGUGCAUCGUGCUGCGCCUGUCCGCACCGCUGAAGGAGCGAUACGCGCAGGAGCACGGCCUGGAUUUCCAGCGGCUCCUGGAUGCCAGCGCCUACAAGGAGCAGUACCGGCAGGACAUGAUCCGCUGGGGCGAGGAGAAGCGCCGCGCCGACCCCGGGUUCUUCUGCCGCACCGCGGUGCAGGGCGCAGCACAGCCGGUGUGGGUGGUGAGUGACGCGCGGCGCCUCUCGGAUGUGGAAUGGUUCCGGGAUGCCUACGGGGACGCGGUGCUGACCGUGCGCGUGACGGCCACCGAGGAGACGAGGAGGAGGAGGAGUUGGGUCUUCGUGGCGGGGGUGGACGACGCCGAGUCUGAGUGCGGCCUGGACCAGGGGGUGACCUUCGAUUGGGUGAUUGCCAACGAUGGGGACGGGGCAGCCCUGGGUGCGCAGCUGGAGGCACUGCUGCAGGAGGUCCGCAGCCACCUGUAGCCACGGGAUGGGGAUGGAAAUGGUGUGGGGACCUCAUCCACCCCGGGGGCUUCACCUUUGUGGGGUCUCAUGGUGCUGGGGAAGGUAGAGACCCCCCCCCCCCCCUCUUCCGAAGGACUUCCAUCUGCAGAGGCUGCGCCUUCCUGCAGGACUGGGGCUUGCUGCUGCUCAGGGACCCUCAACCACAGCAUGGGGACGGUGCUCA